AUGUUGUACCUUAUUGGAUUAGGAUUAUCUCAUGAAACAGAUAUAACUGUGCGUGGAUUAGAAACAAUUCGAAAAUGUAAAAGAGUUUAUUUAGAAGCUUAUACUUCAAUAUUAAUGGCUGCUAAUCAAGAAUCAUUACAAAAAUUUUACCAAAAAGAUAUAAUAUUAGCAGAAAGAGAAUUAGUUGAAACUGGUGCUGAUUCAAUUUUAGUAAAUGCUGAUACUGAUGAUAUUGCAUUUUUAGUAGUUGGUGAUCCAUUUGGUGCUACAACUCAUACUGAUUUAGUCAUUCGUGCUCGUGAAUUAGGUAUUAAAGUUGAAACAAUUCAUAAUGCUUCAAUUAUGAAUGCUGUUGGUGCUUGUGGUUUACAAUUAUAUAAUUUUGGUCAAACUAUUUCAUUAGUAUUUUUCACUGAUUCGUGGAAGCCAGAUUCAUUUUAUGAUAAAAUUCAUGGAAAUAGAAAAGCUGGAUUACAUACAUUAAUUUUAUUAGAUAUUAAAGUUAAAGAACAAGGUAUUGAAAAUAUGGCUAGAGGUAGAUUAAUUUAUGAACCUCCAAGGUAUAUGAAUAUUGCAACUGCAUGUCAACAAUUGAUUGAAAUUGAAGAAACUAGAAAAGAAAAAGCAUAUACUGAAAAUACUCCAUGUGUUGCGAUUUCAAGAUUAGGUUCACCAACUCAGACUUUUAGAGCUGGUACUUUAAAAGAAUUAAGUGAAUAUGAUUCUGGAGAACCUUUACACUCUUUAGUAAUGUUAGGUAGACAAGUUCAUGACUUAGAAUUAGAAUAUUUAUAUGCAUUUGUAAAUGAUAAAGAAUUAUUCAAACAACAAGUUGUCCAAGAUCAAGAAUUUUUCAAACCACCACCAUAUGUUGCUGAAGAAGAAGAAUUUUCAGAUUAA